AGAGGGGGCAAAGGAGAGAGGCCAUAUGAAACCAGCAGAGCAUAAGCCACGCUUUAUCCUGCCAGUCUGUCCCGCUCUGCGAGCACAGGAAACACGCGACUCCCCCAGCCCUCACUCACUCAUUCAUCACGCUCUUUCACACACUUCUACAGACACACACACACAGCGGCUCACAAAGGACUGGAGGAUGGCUGUGUCCAUGAGAAGAAUGAAUGGGUCCUGGAGAGGGAUGGCUCUAGCCCUGGUUCUCUGUACUCUGCUCCUACACAAUGAAGUUCACUGUCAAGAUUCCAUUGAUACACCUUAUACAUCCGAUGCCAAAGAUUCCCCGGGCGCUGCACCCACAGACGCCCCAGGUGCUGCACACACAGACGCCCCAGGUGCUGCACCCACAGACACCCCGGGUGCUGCACCCACAUACACCCCGGGGGCUGCACCCACAGACGCCCUGGGUGCUGCACCCACAGAUGCAACAGGAGUCGCAGCCCACGCAGACGACACUCAAGGUACUGAUGCCACCAUCGAACCCCAAACCCCUGUUGACGACAAGGCCACCACUGUCGCUAACUCCACAGCUGACAACACUUCUGGGACCAGUACUCCAGUACCAGACCAGGACACUACCUUCACUCCAGUACCAGACCAGGACACUGCCUUCACCUCCAUGGUGCCAGAUCAUGACCUCUUAGCCACAGGUGACACCUCUGGCACCACAGCUGGACCUGGUGUCGACACACAGGGCACUGAAGCUACUGAUGACCCGGGCGCACCUGCUGUGCAUCAGGCCCCUGUUUUUGUUCUUCCCACUGUUGAGUGUGUGGACAAGGAGGCAGUGAAGGACAAGGACACAGUCAAGGUGGAGCUUUCUUCAGAAACUAGCUGUUCAGUGACCAAGAGAAUCAUGGAGGAUUCGGCCUGGUGCACAGGAGACUGCAACCUUAAACUGUUCCAGGAGGAGAACUCUAACACACUGGUUCUGACACGCUCUAAUGGUGGAGUCAAAGAUUUGUCAGAGAGCCUGAACAGCCAAGACAUCAAGGACCAGCUGGGUGUGGUGAAGGCAGCUCCUCAGGGGGGUAAACACUCUUCCACCGUGUUGGUGUCUCUGCUCAUCAGUGGCCUGCUGCUGGCUGCUGUCCUCAUCGGAGGCUACUGUCUGAAGAAACACUGCAGACACAACGCCAAGGGCAUGAGGCUGGCUGAGGAUGCGUACCCAGUGGAUGAGGAGAACCAGGGGAACACCCUGGUGUCUGUGGCGCCUCUCAACCCCCUUGAGACCCGGGAGAAGCCCGCUAACGGGGAUUCCCAAGAGGCUGCCAAGACCCAGCCCCCUCCCACCAACGGCCACUCCACCGCCAACUUGGCAGACACAGAGCUGUGAAGACCCCACUAGAACCCCUGGAGAAGAAUGAAACUUACCCCUCCAUCCCUCCAACACCAACCCUUCCCCUCAGAACAUGGCAGAACUCCAGCGACCCCCAUCCUACAGUGGACAUCAAGGACAAAAGCUGCCCCUCAUAACCCCAAUAUAAACACUCCUUCAGACUCUCCAUGUCCCCCACUUCUGCUACAUACAACUCCAUGGUAAAGACAGAUAAGAUUGAUGAUAAGGCUUGAUACUAAUGUGAAUGAUGAUGAUGAUGAUAAUAAUGAGGCCGAGGGCUGUAUCCCUGUCCCUUGGAUGCUUUCGUCAUUCAGGCCUGGAGGUUGGGCCGAGGCAGGACUGGGUGGGGAGGGUUUUACGUUGUUAAUCACCACUGGCUCCAAGAUGGCGGCUGGGGUCUCAUCAACCACGCCAUGUGCCCUGCCUGCACGUCAUCAGGUUUAAAGCUUCCUUCCAAAAGUCCGUUAACCAUAAAUAGAAGUAAAGCUUCACGUUCAAUUCAAAUUGGUCCUUAGACCUUAGUUGAUCGCAAAAAAAUAGCAAAAAAAAAGUAACAUCCUUAAAUCUGUUUACAAAGUUCUGAGUGGAAUAAAGGAGCGCUCUGAGCUUGUUUGUUCAUCUUUGUGCAUGCUUGUGUGUUUGUGCUUGUUUUUUUUGUGUAUGGGUGUGUAUUUGAGCUAGCAAUUUUGUGUGCGCAAGACUGUCUGCGUGCAUGUUUUUUGCGUGUGUGCGCCAGCUAUACAUUUUUUUUUCUUUCUCAAUUUUGUAAAAUGAGUAGACAAGGUGAAGGCUCCCCAGUAGUGGUGAGGAGAGGGGUCCUCUUUUGGCGCUUAAUCUCACUGCCAAUCUGUAGGAGACGAAGCAGGAAAUAGUCUCCCCUUCAUUACUGCAAGCUGAACCCAGAUCAGCCAAUGGUCUGACAGGAGGUAGAAAAAGAAGAUCCACACCGUGUCACCAUGGCAACUGCUGAAAACCACCCCAGACUGAUAAUGUCUGGGUCACAGUGUAGUGUGUAUAUAAAGAGGUCAGGUGUGCCAAUCCUUUCAAAUAAGUCAGUAUUAUGAUAUUUUCAAUACCUUUUGUAAUGGUAUCGAAUUAGACACUUAAUACAUACAGUAUUAUAUUGAACAAUGUUAUAUAAUAUGCUUCUGUUUUAUGUUUUUGUGACUCUUGUGUACUCACACUUGCUUUGUUCUAAGCCACAGAAAUCAUUUUCACCAGCUUGCCAUGCAGACAUUCUGUAUAGGAAGGAGUGAUCAUACACAGAAAUCAUUUUCACCAGCUUGCCAUGCAGACAUUCUGUAUAGGAAGGAGUGAUCAUACACAGAAAUCAUUUUCACCAGCUUGCCAUGCAGACAUUCUGUAUAGGAAGGAGUGAUCAUACACAGAAAUCAUUUUCACCAGCUUGCCAUGCAGACAUUCUGUAUAGGAAGGAGUGAUCAUACACAGAAAUCAUUUUCACCAGCUUGCCAUGCAGACAUUCUGUAUAGGAAGGAGUGAUCAUACACAGAAAUCAUUUUCACCAGCUUGCCAUGCAGACAUUCUGUAUAGGAAGGAGUGAUCAUACACAGAAAUCAUUUUCACCAGCUUGCCAUGCAGACAUUCUGUAUAGGAAGGAGUGAUCAUACACAGAAAUCAUUUUCACCAGCUUGCCAUGCAGACAUUCUGUAUAGGAAGGAGUGAUCAUACACAGAAAUCAUUUUCACCAGCUUGCCAUGCAGACAUUCUGUAUAGGAAGGAGUGAUCAUACACAGAAAUCAUUUUCACCAGCUUGCCAUGCAGACAUUCUGUAUAGGAAGGAGUGAUCAUACACAGAAAGUACUUGUAGCUUCUUUUUGUUUUUCAUUUUAUGUCAUACGAAUUCUGAGGUUAAGGUAUUGUUUGGGUCUCUUUUAGUGUGUCUGAAACAUGUCUUUAGCCUAGUUGCCCAUAUACGCAGGUAGCCUAGUGAUGAGAGUGUUGGACCAGUAACCGAAAGUUUGCUAGAUCGAAUCCCCGAGCUGACAAGGUAAAAGAAAUCUUGUCGUUCUGCCCCUGAACAAGGCAGUUUAGCCACUGUUCCUAGGCAGUCAUUGUAAAUAAGAAAUUUGUUCUUAACCGAGUUGCCUAGUUAAAAAAUAUACAUGUUGCGCAAAUGCUUGGCAAUACAUUUCAGCAGAACUGCAUUUAAAACACAGCCCAAUCCAUUGUUUAAAAGUACACUCUGCAUGCAUAGCAGGGUGAUUUCUUGUUUAUAGACCUCUACAAGUAGAUGAAUUCAUAUAGUCUACCCUUAAAAUCAGGAACCAAGAGGAAUGUUACGAUUGCCAUUAUGCAUAACAUUACAUCACUGUUUUUGUUUUAUCUAACUGGAGGAAUUUGCCAUUUAAAAAAAAAAACAUUUGAGCACAUAAGUGUUACCUUACUUUCAUUUCUACUUUUCAGAAAUGUUCUAUAUUUUUAACAUCCCAAAAUUACUGUUAAUUCUACUAGCAUCAUAAAUUUCAAGAAUGGAAAUUGGAAAAUAAAAGAAUGUUUUUAUAAAGUUGA